AUUCGAUCAACCCUCGGCCACAGGUCUUCCUUGUCUCGGGUGUCCAUCCUUUAAAUAAAGACUGGCUGGCUCUUGGAGUUCACAAACGUGCACCGCGGUUCCUCUCCCCUACAGUAGACUGGAAUACGUAGCACGUUGGUGAGAGCUUCUCGAAGCCUUCCGCUGUUCGGAUUCGCGCCGGUAGCUUACUCAUAUUCAGCGAAACUGAUAUAUAUAUAGGGACCGUGCGGCCAUGGGAUUCUUAUACUGUAUCGCUGUGCGGUUUGCCUCCUGGAGCAGCCUAACUCUGCUCCUGGCAAAUGCAGCCCCACAUGCACGGUCGCAGACGUCGCUCGUUACUGAUCUCAAUCCUUACCCGACCAAACCGCGCAUCACCUUCCGCGCGGACGGCAUCUUCAAGAUCACGGUCUUCUGUGAUCUGCACUACGGCGAAAACCCGUGGGACGCAUGGGGUCUUCAGCAGGAUGUCAACAGCACCGAGCUGAUGAACAUCGUCUUGGCUGACGAAAAGCCGGACUAUGUAGUGCUGAAUGGCGACCUGAUCACUGGCGAGAAUACUUUCCGGCAGAACUCAACGCGUCUCAUCGACGAGAUCGUCGCGCCCCUCAACACCGCCCAGAUCCCCUUCUCGUCCACUCAAGGCAACCAUGACAAUGAGCCGAACAUCACCCAUUUGGAGGAGAUCAAGCGCGAGCAGUUGGUCGCGCCACUGAGCUACACGCGCACUGCACCGCCCGGGAUCGGUGGUGAGCAAGGCCCUGGGACGUACUGGGUACCUGUCUACGAACACAUCGACGACCCUACCCCCAAGCUCAUCCUAUGGUUCUUCGACUCGCGAGGCGGCUUCAGCGAGGGCGAUAACUCGACUGCCCUCCCAGACUGGGUUGACGACACCGUCGCGGGGUGGAUCCAGUCGGAGGCGGAAGCGAUGGACGCCGCCUGGGGUCCCGCGGCGUCGUCUCGAGGAGCCAUCGCAUUUGUUCACAUUCCUCCGCACGCAAUCCAGGCCCUCCAGCCCGACCUGAACAGCAGUCGCGAUCCCGGGCUCAACGCCGACCUUUUGGGCUCAGGCUCUACUCAGGCCACAACUGACUCCGCCAACCUGGGCAAGGACGAGCCGUUCUGGGACGCGCUCAAUGAAUAUGUGCCCAACCUGCAUGCCGUCUUCUCCGGCCACGAUCAUGGCAACGAGUGGUGCGUCCGCGAGCCCACCAAGAACGUCAUCUUCUGCUUCGGCAAGCACUCUGGCUACGGUGGAUACAGCGACUCGUGGUGGGGCCACGGAGUGCGCAACAUCAUCUUCUCAUCCCCAGAUCCCAAGGGCCCGCUACAGUCGUGGAUCAGAUACGAGAACGGGACGAUCAACGCGAACGUCACUUUGGACGCAUCGUACAACUGAGGCUUCGUUGAGAGUAGCUUGACGGCCAUGUCGGAAUAUCUGUCCACAUCGGUGCUUGUCAGUAGUCCAUGGACAGUACGUACGUCCCGAGGAAUGAUAUCUUGGUUGACACGA